ACACAGGCAGGAACAGCUAAAGUUGAACAUACCUGAAAACUCAACCUGAACCAGGAAAUACCUUCAAACUGAACAAGCCUGUAAAACCAAAUGACUCUUGUUCGUUCUUCAGUUUAACUCCAACACACUGAACAUGGUGGCGAAGCUAGUGAUCCUGUUCCUCCUUUUUCACGCUGCAUCUACAGUGAGCCAUAUGCUGAAGUAUUUGGGCACUGGAACCUCUGGAAACCCAGACAUCGCAGAAUUUAUGUUUGUUUUAGAAGUUGAUGACACAGAGGUGCUUUAUUGUGACGCCAGCAAGAAGAUAGUAGAACCAAGACAGGACGGUGUGAAAAAAAUGCUUGAUGACAACCCUGGCGCACAGAGGGAGUACACUCAAGAGUGUUUUGAGCAUCAGCCAGGCAUUUACCAAAACUCGAUUUCUAAUUUAAAGCAGCUGUUAAACCAAAGUGGAGGUGUUCACAUUUUACAGUGUAUGAUUGGCUCUGAAGUGAAUGAAAACUCUGGAGAGGUAAAAGGCUUUUUACAGUUAGGUUACAAUGGAGAAGGCUAUCUGGAAUUUGAUCUAAAGACAAUGUCGUGGAUCCCACUGAAACCAGAGUUUAACAUUGUCAAACAGACAAUGGAUGGUGACAGAAAUCUAAUUAAAUACCUUGGAAACCUCUUCGGUACAAUUCUUCUAGAGAGAUUGAAGAUGUUCUUGGAUUAUGGGAGCAGCUCCUUGAACAAAACAGUUCUUCCCCCAGUGUCUCUCCUCCAGAAGACUCCCUCCUCUCCAGUCAGCUGCCAUGCUACAGGUUUCUACCCUGACAGAGCUGCGAUUUUCUGGAGGAAAGAUGGAGUGGAGAUUCAUGAAGGUGUGGAUCCUGGAGAGAUCCUCCCCAACAAUGAUGAGACCUUCCAGAUGAGUGUUGAUCUCAAUAUUUCAUCAGUCACACCUGAAGACUGGAGGCGAUACAACUGUGUGUUUCAGCUCUCUGGUGUGAGCGAGGACAUCAUCAUCAAACUGAAUAAAACAAUUAUCAAAACGAACUUGGUGAACAACAAAACACAUAUUGAUGCAGAGUUGCCCAUCAUUAUUGCAGCCUUUGUUCUUGUUUUGAUCAUCAUUGUUGCCAUUGGAAUUGUUGCUUACAAAAAAAAGAAAGAAAGCCAUCCAUCACCUUCUCCUAGCAUCAUCAUAGAAUUGAAUGGGAGAUCUGGUACAGAAUCACCGGACUCAGCACAGAGAUCUGGUACAGAAUCACCGGACUCAGCACAGAGAUUGGCUACAGAAUCACCAGACUCUGCACAGAAAUUGGCUACAGAAUCACCGGACUCUGCACAG